CUCAUCCCAGAUUUUCCUCUUACCUUGCUUGCUACUACUUUGCAGACCGUUUGCGUUCGCGCAACUGAGAGAGUGAGAGUGAGAGCGAAAGAGACAAUAUGGCUUCAGUAGCCUCAUGCUCGUCCAUGGUCAUGGCGAUAUGGACGUCGUUGAGUCGAUGUAUCCAGAGGAGGUUCUUCCGCGUUUUUGCAAUCUGUUUUAUCUUGUUUCUCGGCGUUACUCUUCACCUUACUCAUGAUACCCAACGACCUCACCACGAGCCGUUCAAGGCCCCGAUCACGAAGCCUAUCGUUCAUGGCAACCCGGUAGACGGGCUGCCAGAGCCCUCAUACGAACUCAACCCCUUCCCUUAUUCUCCUCAACAAACAGAGGCCAACGGCACCGAUGAAAAUGAGCUACCGAAACCCUGGCUGGCGGCAGUCAUCUCUACAGCAUCAGAUGUUGAGCGUCGGAUGCUUAUUAGAUCCACGUGGAUGAAGAUCUUUGGCGAUGUUCCAUUUGAUGGACGCUUUGUGGUAUCAAAUCCUGGACCGCAGUGGAUGGAGGUGGUGGCCAACGAGAACCGCACCUUUGGGGAUAUGAUUGUGCUCGACAACAUCACCGAGGACGACAUCACCGCCAACACCAUCAAGACCCUCGAGUUUUACAAGUGGCUCGUCGACCACGAUGUACAGUACGAAUUUGUGUCAAAGAUGGACACCGAUCUGUGGCUCAACACACGAGGGUUCUGGGAUCGUUUCCUGUCACCGCGGCUUACGACUGACAGCGUCACUGGGCUCGUGAAGAGUACGGUCCGGAAGACUGUUAUCGGAGAGCUCUAUUACUCCAAGUAUUGGGAUCUCGUCUUCCCGCAUGGCGCCAUGUACACCGUUACUUGGGACAUGGUGAAGUUGCUUGCGGACCUCCAAAACAAGCACCGCGUGGUGACGGGUGAAGACAUGGCCAUAGCAACCCUCAUGCUCAAGGGGCACGAAAAGGCCAACUUUGUCAACUUCAGGGGCUCAGAAAAGUUCGACUACGAUGACAAAGACGCACGGCACGACGGCACGGCGUGGGCUAGGAGGAAGACACACCCGGAUGCCAUCCAGCACGCGUUGGUCGGCGACGAAGCCAUUGCAGUUCAUCAACUCAAGGAUGAGAGCUUGUGGUUCAAGGUGGCGGACUGCUUCGACGAGCAGGGUAUCAAGGACGCGCCGCCGGCGUAUCAUUCCGGCCCGGAGACGCAGCGGCCCAUUUCGAUGAAGUGGGAUGACUUUUGGUUUUGGAUGGGUGUUUCGGACCGCUACGACGCUAGAUUCGACAGGAUACCAGACUUCUUGUGGACAAGAGCAGAUGGGCAUUGGAUAUGCGACGGUAUAUGGGACUUGGGGGAGACAAAAACGGGAUACACAGAGAAGGAAAAUACCUUAUGACAGGGUGC